AUGCUGUAGGUUGCAACAGAUUGCGAAGUUUAUCACGAAUUGAACGAGAACUUUAUGCGUGAUUUUAGGUUUAAAGAGUUUUGUUAGCCGUAUAAUGCCGUUAUUUUCUAGUUCCUCACCCUUUGAUCAAGAUGUUGGUAAGAUUCAACGCAUUAUUAGUGCUUCUCUUGUUAAGCAAAACACAAACGAAUGUCGAUUAAUCUCCUCUCUACAGAGAAAGCCACUAGUGAACUCAACACAACAGAUGACUGGCAGCUUAUUAUGGAAAUAUGCGAUCGUAUUCCACGUUCACCGAGUGGGUAAGGAGAUGUUUUUCCUCCCAAAUUUCUGUCAUACAGUUUGUCGCCGAUCUUAAAUAAGUAAACGUUUUGUGUGUCGAAGAUAUUAAGUCAUCUGACUAUUAACAGUAAGUUAUUCAUUUGACAUCCUGGCACGAUUAUGUUAUUUCCGUAUUUCGAUUAAGGUAUUAUAUGGAAUAAUCUUCUUAAAAAGGUAAAUACUAGCAUUGUAAGGCAGUUUGAGACCGUUACUACAGAUUCAUAUAAAGUCAUAUGUUGAGUUGUACGGGCAUAAAAUGCGUUUAUUAAAUACGUGAAUGCCAUUGUAUACAUAUUCAUUGUUUGCUCAACACAACUCAUACUAAUGUACACUUCCUUGUCAUGUCUUCAACAGCAGGUGAUGUCAUAAUGACAUAAUGUUGAUGUCAUAGUUUCAUUAUACAUAAUUUGUGGCCACAGUUCUCAAUAACAAAAAUAAAUUAAUAACCAAAAUAAUAGAAAUAAAAAAAUUGAAGGCAAAUAAUUUCACCAUAUGGCAUGUAGUACACCUGUAUAAUUGGUCUGGCUCUAUAGAAAGUAGAUUGGACAACUGCAAAGUCAGAAGUUUCAAGGUUUGAAUGUUUCAAAGGGCUUUCACUUUUGUCCUUUUGUUGUGACAGAUGUUGAACAUCUCCAAUACAGAUGUUGAACAUCUCCAAUACAGAUGUACUUCCUGCCAUGAUUGUUUUCAAAGAAUGUUUUAUAAAUUUGAUGUUGUGGUAGUUUUAAGCUGAAAUUUACAUUGUGAUUCAGGUUUUUUGCUGAACCAAUUUUUUGGUACUGUAGUCAGUCACAGUUGAAGUUUGAUUAAGAUGUGAUUCAAUUCUUAUUUUUUUCUGAAAUAAUGAAAAAGUAGGAAGUAACCAUUUACUUAAUCUAUUUCCUGAAAAGAUAAUUUGGUAUUAUCAACUAAGUUGAUAACAUAAAUAGGUAUUAGCCCUUUGUAAGGGUGACAGGCUAAUGCUCAAAACGUCAGCUUUGUAACUCUUAAUGGUGGCUAAUUUAUGUUAUCAACUCAGUUGAUAAUACCAAAUUACCUUGGUAUACUUUCCCACCAAUGCAAGUUACAUCAUCAACUCAGUUGAUAAUACCAAAUUACCUUGUUAUACUCUCCCACGAAUGCAAGUUACAUCAUCAACUCAAAUUGCCUUGUUAUAAUCUCACCAAUGCAAAUUACAUCAUCAACUCAGUUGAUAAUACCAAAUUACCUUGUUAUACUCUCCCAUGAAUGCAAGUUACAUCAUCAACUUAGGUGUUAAUACCAAAUUACCUUGUUAUACUUUCCCACCAAUGCAAGUUACAUCAUCAACUUAGGUGGUAAUACCAAAUUACCUUGUUAUACUCUCCCACGAAUGCAAGUUACAUCAUCAACUCAGGUGGUAAUACCAAAUUACUUUGUUAUACUCUCUCACCAAUGCAAGUUACAUCAUCAACUCAGUUGAUAAUACCAAAUUACCUUGUUAUACUUUCCCACCAAUGCAAUUUACAUCAUCAACCCGGGUGGUAAUACCAAAUUGCCUUGUUAUACUCUCUCACCAAUGCAAGUUACAUCAUCAACUCAGUUGAUAAUACCAAAUUACCUUGUUAUACUCUCCCAUGAAUGCAAGUUACAUCAUCAACUUAGGUGUUAAUACCAAAUUACCUUGUUAUACUUUCCCACCAAUGCAAGUUACAUCAUCAACUUAGGUGGUAAUACCAAAUUACCUUGUUAUACUCUCCCACCAAUGCAAGUUACAUCAUCAACCCGGGUGGUAAUACCAAAUUACCUUGUUAUACUCUCCGACUGACUCAGCACUACAGUUUCUUUAGAAACUUACCCCCUUUAUUUCCUGAAAAGUGGAUCAAGCCAGUUGAUAAAUUAUAUGCAGGAGAUGUUGUUUCUAAUGCAGGGUCUCAGAGCAAGAGACAAAAUUAAUCAGCUUACAAAAAUUGGAAAUUACAAGAGAACUCUCCUGUCUUCUUGCCUUCAGUUUUCAUUAAUUUGUUUGGAGAAGUCAUUUUACUACUAGGCAUUGGAGAGGGAUUGCCUGUUGUUUAGGCUGCUGACUACCAAUAGGACGAGACAAAAUACUAGAAAAUUGGCUAACUUGAGUCAAAAUGUUGACAUCUAAUGUAGUAAUCAUCUUUCCUUUUGAUUGCUACCCCACAGACCUAAAGAUGCAUUGCGAUCGAUAAUGAAGAGAGUCAACCAUAGGGUUCCCCAUGUUGCUAUGCAGGCCUUGACUGUAAGUAGAAAUAUUUCAUUUGUUUCUGAUAAUUUUUAUCAGUUUGGAAUAAUUAAGGAAAGAGAUACUUAAUUCCUAAAGAGCAUAAGGGAUGUCAUAUAGGAGAGCCAAAUAGUUGCCCAUUUACACCAACUUUGUAACUAAGUCAAUUAGGAUCUUAUCAUUUGGCAGUUGUUCCUUUCAGUUUGAUCAGAUUGUUUUUUGCAAGUCCUGCUUGUGUUAUUGUGUACAGCCUCUAUAUAGUUCUCAAAUUUUCAGAUGAUGUUUUUAAAUUGGUAAAAAUUUUUUGCCUUACAUUUUAGCUUUUGUCAGCGUGUGUAAAUAACUGCGAUAAAGUAUUCCACUUGGAGGUGUGUUCAAGAGAUUUUGUCAAUGAAGCAAAAAAUAUAAUUUCCAGGGUAAGUUCGGAAACCAAAGUAGGUAAAGCAAUAUUGUCCAGAUGCAAAAGUGGAUACUAAACCACAAUGAUUGUGCAUGCAUCCUUAUUUUUGUUCUUUUAAGGUGCAUGUUUUUGAUGUAAACGAGUUGUGUAUCUUUUAAUGCCCACAAAAUUAUGCCACUUGAUGAUAAGGCUUGCUAUGGACCUUGAAUUGUUAAUUAUUGAAUGAAUAAAUUAAAUUUUUCCAUAUAAUAAUUUAUUCUUAUCUAAAUGUCAGUGAGUGACCAAGACGGAAUUUCUCUUUACAAUAUCAAUACAAUAUCACCAGAUAAGUGAUGAGAAUUAAGGAAAAUAUCAAUUUGGGGAUAAUUAGUUGAUUCAAUACUAAAUUCUCUGAACUAACAUGAUAAGAACUGUAUGGUUGAUAGAAAGGAGAAUUACAAAUUUGAUCUGGGAUUUAAAGGGUUAAAAGUGGUUUUAGCAUUUUAUUUGUCACCUUUUGUCUAAUUUUACUGUCAUUACUGCCAUUGGCUCUGACAAAGGGCCAAUGCUUUAAACAUCUGCUUUGAAACUCUUUACAGUGGCCAAUUUAUGUUAUGAUUCAACUUGUUGAUAAUACUAAAUUUCCGUGUUAAACUCUCCCACUGAUACAACACCACAGUUUUUUAUAGAAACUUACCUGCUUUAUCCAUUUCCUGUCAUUACAUAUAUACAGGGACAUCCCAGAGUAACAGAAAAAUUGAAAAGUCUGAUAAAAGAAUGGGCAGUUAGCUUCAAGGAUGACCCACAGUUAAGGUAA